UCAGCAUUUCUGUCUGCUAUUACAGCAGUCAUAUUUUCCACGUAAAAUUUUUUUGCUGCAUUUUUGUUUUGUUACUGGGGAGUGAUAAGAUAGCUAUGUUGUCUCAGCUAGGAAAAUAAUAUUGUUUGUUUCACAACUUUCAUUAAACAACAGCAAACUUUUCUUUUUCUUAAUAAUUUACUUUCCCUACUGUAUGUCUUAGUCAUUUUCUUGAAAAUGGCGAAGUCAAACAUAGAAGAUUGGCCGGCCUAUGUUCUUGAAUUGUCCACAAAAGAGGCAAAAUCGGAAGACGUUUCUUGGCUUUUAAACUGGAUUUUGGGCGCCUUUUCUGAAUAUGGUUUACAGAUGAGUAGUUCAACUCCAACACCUGGUCAGAACUUGUGUGUAUUUGUCUCCAUCAGCCCUGAAAGAUUAUUAAAUGUGGCAAAAAAGUGUCGAAUUAGAUCCAUCGAUGGGAAACUUCCAAUUGGCAGCUUGCUCGACAGUGGUAACUUGGAAGAGACUCCAUUAGAUAAUGACGAAAUUACUACUUUGCAAGAAAAUCUUGAUCAUGAUGGAGGUGAACAAACAGCUAUGGAUGCCAGAUCAAUCUUUACUCCAGCUGACAUUUUAUGGAUGAUUCGUCAUGAAAUUGAUAGUGUCAGGUCUGAGACUAAACAAGUUCUUCAAAUCGGAGAUAUGAAAAUGACGCUGUUUCAGGGCCAGUCCAUUGUGGAAAAAUUUCUUCACAAAAAGUUGAUCAACAACAUAUAUCCUCUUCACGAACCUGAGGGACUUAAGCGACUUGGCCACGAUUGGCUAAUUAAUAGCUUCAAAUGUGCCACAAAACAAUUGCCUUUAAACGAAGUGCGUCGAUACUUUGGAGAAGGGGUGGGAUUCUAUUUUGCAUUUCUGGAGAUGUUAACGUGGGCACUUUUGGCACCUACAUGCAUUGGGAUAGUUCACCAUCACUUUUUACAGUCUGAAUUUGAGAUCCAGAUCCUCUUCUGUGUUUUGUAUAUGCUUUGGGCGUUUAUCCUGAUGGAAUUUUGGAAAAGGCGUAGUAACGGACUGUGUUUUCUCUGGAAUACGAAGAGCAAAUAUGGAGGUGGUCAGGGCGAACCGCGAGCAAAUUACCGAGGACCGCUGAUGAUUGAUCCCAUAACCGGUCAACUUCAACCAUACUAUCCCCGUUGGAAAACUCUGAUUAAGCUAUAUUGCGUUUCCCUGCCGAUUGUACUUAUCUGCACUCUGGUAGCUUUUUGGGUGAUGCUUGAAUCAAUCUGGAAAGAAACUAUGAUGAUGGAAUGGACUUCCACCUGGCCUAAAGACGAUUUAUUCUGGCAUUUGCUUGCUCUCUGCAUUGUGUCGAUACCCACAGUUAUUUAUGCCAUUCUCGUAUGGUUCGCCAAUCAAAUCUAUCGCAAACUGGCCACGAAACUCACGGAAUGGGAAAAUCAUCGCACUGAAUCUCAAUUCGAAAGCAAUCGUGUUACCAAACUCUUGCUUUUUGAAUUCGUUAAUAAUUUCAUGUCUCUCUUUUACAUCGCUUUCUACUUGCAGGACAUCCCUAUGCUUCAGUGGCAAGUUGCACUGAUGUUGCUCGUCUUUCAAGUGAUUAAUCAACUUACAGAGACUCUUUUCCCGUAUCUUAACCUCUGUUACGUGCUAAAAAAGAAUCCAAUCAAUCUGAAACCGACAGAAAAAGAUGAUGGAGUGAACAAGACGUUAGAGCGUCUGAACGUGCGGAUAUUGGCACCCGAUAACCCUGCAGUUAAGCAAGCAUACAAAGAAUCUCUUCUGGAACCCUACGAGGGGACCAUCGAGGAUUACUUGGAGCUCUAUAUUCAAUUUGGUUACGUUCUACUGUUUGUUGCUGCCUAUCCGACUGCGUCCCUUUGGGCGUUUAUCAACAACGUGGCAGAACUUCGUGUCGACGCUUUCAAACUCGUGCACAUUCACCGCCGCCCAACACCUGCGCGAGUGGCUCACAUUGGAGCUUGGGAACCGGCUUUCCGGAUGAUUUGUUCGAUGGCUGUUGUAACAAAUUGUGGCUUACUCUAUGUUAUGAGUUCAUCUCCAUCUCCUUCGGCAGUUGAUGGUGAAGAAUUGUCUGAUAAUCCAGUGGUUGGUCCUGUUACUGAUUGGACCCGUGCCAUGAUCUGUGUUUCACUGGAUCAUAUCCUUUUGGCUGUCCAGAGCAUUUUGUUUGUAUUGAUACCAGCCGUGCCUCGAUGGGUUCACAUCACAGCCGCCACCAGAAAAGCCGCACAAGAGAAAGAGUUAAGAAAAUUAAAAAAGUAAAUUGACUAUUAUUACAUUAUACACACUGUUUGAAAUAGAUAUCAAAUUGUUGCAAGUGAGUAAAAUAGGGAAUUACCAAUGUUUUGUUUCCUAACUAUUGUCCAGUUCCUGCGUGCUUAAAUACAAUUGGUUGAACUCUU